AUGACGUCACCCAGCGCUAACCGCACGUCACAUCAUCGUCUGAGACAGUUCCAGACGGCAUCCAGCACCUGCCGCAACCCAUCCCUUAUCAUCUACUUCCUGUUCUGGAAUCUUCUCAUCAUACACUGCUCCGCCAACACCGAUACUAAGACAGAAGGCACCUCGCCCGUCCUGAAAUUAAGCCGGCACUCUAAACUCAACUGCCACGAACAAAAGUACUCUGACGUUAACUCCAGCACCAAGACCACAGCGGCGCCCUACCCUCGACAUGCCCCGCCCUCGGAGAUCACCAUUGGAUACAUCGCCAGCAACACGAAAAGGGAAGACAACCAACUCUACAUCCCGCCUGGGCAGCUCUACUCAGGGGCGAUAACCUACGCUAUACAAAAAAUUAACGAGGAUCCCAACAUCCUGCCCAAUACCACCCUGAAAUUUGUCAUCGCUGACACCUAUGGCGAGGAGAAGGAGAGUUUGUUUCAGACGGCUGAGAUGAUCUACAAGAACAUUUCGGCCAUCAUCGGCCCUCAGGAGACGUGCGUGCAUGAAGCCAGGCUGGCCGCGGCUUAUAACGUCCCCAUGAUCUCAUACUACUGCACAGCAUCGGAGGUGAGCGACAAAUCCCUGUAUCCGACUUUCGCUAGAACCAAACCUACGGAUUCACAGAUCUCCGAGACCGUGGUAUCGAUUCUACAGCACUUCAAGUGGAAUCGAGUAACGUUUAUUUAUAACAAUAACACGGAGUACACGCCCACGGCUGAAACGAUACUAGAGCUGAUGGUGGCCCACAAGGUCGAGGUCAACUCAGUCCACACGUACGGCGGGCCGUACUUCCACAAUCACAUGGGGAACCCGUUUGUUGAGAUCGUGGCCAAGACACGCCACAAUACCAGAAUCUACGUGAUGCUGGGCGAGUCCUUCGAAUUUGUUGGGCUAAUGGAUAAUCUUAAAGACACUGGAUUACUGGAUACUGGCGACUACUUUGUGAUGGGCGUCACCCGGGACACGUUCAAACUGAGCAAACCACAAGAGUAUUUUUUAACAGGGAUCUUUGACGACAUUGUGAAGAACGAGACGGCCAUGGCGUACCGCCACUUCCUGAGCAUCAUCCACACCCCACCCACCGACCCCAACUACAAGGCCUUCGAGGAGACGGUCGACGAUUACCUGGAGAAGCCGCCCUUCAACCUUGUCAACAUCUACAAGCUAGACAAGAAGCGGAACAUUCUACCAGAGGCCGCUUACCUGUAUGACGCAGUAAUGAUCUAUGCUCAGGUGAUCCACGAAUUUAUACAAGAGGGACGGGACACUAGGGAUGGUAGGGCGAUCAUAGACCGUAUCAGAGGACGCUCGUACAAAAGCGCGUUCGGCUACGUCAGCAGGAUCAACUCAUGUGGUGACGCCCUCGGCAACUACUCGGUGAUCGUCUGCCGAGCAUUGAAGGACGGCGGUUGGCGGAUGCACCCGAUUGGCACCUUCCAUCACGACACAGAUUCCAGCGAGAUACCUAAGUUUCAGUUCCACCAAGACGAGAGCAUGCAGUGGAUCAACGGCCAACCCCCACCAGAUGAGCCAAAGUGCGGCUUCAAGCAUGAGAAGUGUAUGCCGCCUAAAUCCUACACGUACGAGAUCGCCGGGGGCUUCACUGGGGGUAUCAUCUUCAUCAGCAUCAUCAUCGGAUACAUCUUCUACAACAACUGGAGGUACGAGCAAGAACUAGCUGGCCUCUUGUGGAAGAUAGAACUCUACAAGGACAUCGUGCUGACUACUAACCCCUACUAUAACACCAACUCUGGCACCAACAAUAAGACCUCCCUAAACAAGUCGGCGAGCCAGUCGUCCCUGAUAUCUGUGUCAGAUAUUGACAUGCGACAGCUGUUUACUCACGUCGGCAUUUACAAGGGCACGGUCGUGGCCGUCAGGAAGGUCAACAAACAGCAUGUCGAGCUCACGAGGAGUGUCAAGAAGGAGCUUAAGACGGUGAGGGAACUACGUCACGACAACAUCAACCCGUUUAUUGGCGCGUGCGUGGAAUCACCCCACAUCUACGUUGUCACCGGCUACUGCAGUAAAGGCAGUUUACAGGAUAUCCUAGAGAAUGAGGAUAUACUUCUCGAUUCCAUGUUCAUAGCGUCAUUAGUCUCCGAUAUAAUAAAGGGCAUGAUCUACCUUCACGCCUCAGAGCUCAUCUCCCACGGUAAACUGAAGUCAUCUAACUGUGUCGUAGACAGCCGCUGGGUGCUGAAGAUCACGGACUACGGGCUGCACGAGUUCAUGGCGGGGGAGGUGCAGCCCCUGGGGGAGUACGCCCUAUACAGAAAUAUGUUGUGGAAGGCACCUGAGUUGAUCCGGAACAAACACGCCCCAGCCCGGGGCACGCCCGAGGGGGACGUCUAUUCCUUUGGAAUUAUUCUGUUUGAGAUCCACUCGAGGAACGGGCCCUACGGAGCUUGUGAGCUCACGCCUAAAGAAAUCGUUGAGAGGGUUAUCACCAGGGAUGAAAACGGUCACCCCUUCAGGCCCCGCCUCUCUGAGAUUAGCUCCACCCCCAAGUUCAUCACUGACGUCAUCAAAGAAUGCUGGGACGAGGACCCGCCCAAGAGGCCGGACUUUAAGACACUGCGGACCAAGCUGAAACCGAUGCAGAAAGGAAUGAAGUCCAGCAUCUUCGACAACAUGAUGGCCAUCAUGGAGAAGUACGCCAGCAACCUGGAGAGUUUGGUCCAGUCCCGGACAGACGAGCUCAUCGAGGAGAAGAAAAAAACGGAGGAGUUGCUACAGGACAUGUUGCCGGGGACCGUGGCGGAGCAGUUGAUGCACGGCAAACAGGUGGAGGCCGAGAGCUUUGACCUAGUGACCAUAUUCUUUAGUGACAUCUGUGGCUUCACGACCCUCAGCUCGGAGAGUACGCCCAUGCAGAUUGUGGACAUGUUGAAUGUAUUGUACACACUGUUUGACUCCAUCAUCGAGUACUACGAUGUGUACAAGGUAGAGACCAUCGGUGACGCGUACAUGGUGGUCAGUGGUCUGCCCAAGAGGAACGGCAACAGACAUGCCGGAGAGAUUGCCUCUAUGGCCCUACACCUGCUCCAGGAACUGAAGGUGUUUAAAAUCCCCCACAGACCCAGCGACCAGAUCAAGUUGAGGAUAGGGAUCCACUCCGGCCCUGUCGUGGCGGGGGUGGUGGGGCGGAAGAUGCCCCGGUACUGUUUGUUCGGGGACACGGUCAAUGUGGCGUCUAGGAUGGAGAGUAACAGUCAGGCGUUAAAAAUUCACAUUUCUGAGCCUACUAUGAACCUGCUAGUUCAGAUUGGUGGGUUUGAACUACAAGAAAGGGGAAAUAUCGACAUAAAGGGUAAGGGCGUGAUGAAGACAUACUGGCUGACUGGCGAGGACACAAGCAGACGUAUGCAGCGUGUCCAGAGAGGCAUGGCCCGGAUGGAGAGGACUGGCUCCACCAGGAGACGGACUAAGCUGGACAAGCCCCUCACCCCCAAGUAUUGCGGCUACAAGAAGUCCGACAGCUCACCCCAGCACCAGACCAUUUCCUCCAGCUUCAGCGGCGGCAACUGUAAUUUUUCCCUGGAGUCUCCGGCGAACUUCAGACACAACAACUACCUACAUCCGUACCCUUACUCUUUGCUGGUUGGCCCUACAAGCGAGGAUCUGAUUCGUAGAUCGUCGUCUAGACGGAGGAGGUUGAAGUUCGCUAUCGGGGGUGAGGAGUGCGAGAGAGAUAUUUCCGUGAGCGUCGAAGAGCAGGAUUUGGAGCCGUUGGAAUUUACGGCUGAUUCUUUACCGACGAUUAUUCGGUCAAAAACAGACCAGGAUUGUACGUCUGCUAGUGAAGGGGAGAUAAGCGGGAACAAAAGCGAGCGGUCUGGCAGCGUGUUAAGUAACCUGUCCGUUAAAGAUAACGAUGACGUGUUUUUACCGGACGGGAAAUACCCCGCGAUGGAGAGCUCCACCGUGACGUUGUCAAACGGUGACGAAAGAGUGAAGGAAACCAGUAGUAUAUCGUCCACACAAUCGUUACCCUCACGGAGAAUUAAAGCCCCCAUUGUCCGCAUAGAAUCCUUCGACUUUGAGAGAAUCUCAUCCCCCGUCAAACGAUACUCACGAACCGACUCCGCAUCCGCCCCUCACAUUAACACCCCUACCUCGAAACACCCCCAACAUUUUAACACCAGUCAAGUCUCUGACUCCAGUCACAUCCCUGACUCCAAACAUGACUUUAUUAAUUCUAACGAUGUUACCAACACGUGUCAUAAUCAGAAAAAAAGAGACAGUGAUUCUGAAAAUUUGGAAGACAAUUCCAGAAUUCCACAGCAAAACGACACCCCGAAAAAUAUAAAAGUCCUCAACGGAAUCGCAGCGAAUUUCGCCAGCCCCAGUUUAGCCAACCACAGGGUUUCACCUUUCAUUGAACAACCCGACCCGUUCUGCAUAGACUCCUCAGACGACGAUCAAACAGACUUCUGCUUGGCCAAUCAGGAAGCGUUGCCCUUCAUGGACUCCGUGUAUGACGACACGACCUGCAGUAUCGAGGUAGAGACGUCGCCCUACAGAACCCGGCACAAGAAACACCCCAAGGGGUCUAACUCUUCGGACGGUUCUCAACACGCUAAACACGAACUCAUGCCGUUGCUUUCAACAAAGGAAAACGAUAAAAAAUCUGGAUUUGUUGUAACUUGUGAUGAAGAGGAACAGGUUUAA